GGGCCUAACCAUGACCUAAGUGAAAUGAAAAAGAAAAAAAGAAUAACAAGAGAAACCCAAAGUAUUGAGUGAACGCAUUGUAAUUGCUAUCGUCAUAAUCGGUUGGUGCUGACGUCUUUAUAUCCUCCCUCUCCUGCUCCGAUCUCAUCUAGAGUUGCAACUUGCAACAUAAAAGAAGCUUUCAUAAUGAUGCGAAAAGCCCCAUCGUUGGUCGACUUGUGCGUUUAUUUGGCCAUAGACAAUGUUAGGUAUCUAGGAGAUGUUGGAGAAACCGACCACCAUCUCUUAGAGCGCAUUUUAUGCCAUUGUACACUUGAUCAGCUGAUGCACAUUGAGAAUAGCACAUCAGAUAGAGAUCUUAGUCCAGUCACUGAUAAGUUGUGGAAGAGAUUUUUCAAGGACAGUUUUGGUGAGGAUAGCUUCGAUACUGUCGUUGAGAAGAUGAAGCAGAGGAAAGUAACCUUCAAAUGGAAACAAUUGUAUGAGGCUAAACUAAAAGAGAGGGAAGAGGCUACACAAAAAUCUCUUGAUCGUAUAAAGCAGCGAUAUCAUGAAGAAGAUGCAAAAAAAAGAACCAGACAAGUGCAGCUGUGCUCAAAAGUUCCACCUUCUAGCAAGAAACGAAGCUUUUGGGGAGGUGAGACUGCAAGCAAUAUCUACAACACAAAAAGCAGCAUUAUGAAGAAGUCAAAGCUUGAGUUCAUUAACAGCCGAGAAGUCAAGAAUUUAGCUGCCAUGAAAAAUAAGGUGGUGCACAAGAAUCAUAGUGUUAUGUCCAAGCCAAAGCCAGUUGUUACUUCUAGAUCUGCUUCGUCGCCAUCAUCAUCGAACAAAAUGAUCAAGCCAUUUCGGAGAAGAUUCUGAUACAUAGUAGAGUCUCUCUUUCUUGCAUAUUACAACUAUUGUUGAUGUUGUUGUAUCAUACUGAGUUAUCGCAAGCCCUAAAAUCGGAUGAUGUUUGCUACACUGUUAGUAUACACACUUAUAUAAUGUCUUUCUUCUCACUUUCUCGUAAA